AUGAAAAUAUUCAUCACUGGUGCCACUGGAUUUAUUGGCGAAGAAGUUGCAUGUGGUUUAAGAAGAAAUGGACAUGACGUUCUAGCAUUAGUUCGAAAUACUGCUAACAAUGCGACAGUUCAACGAUUAAUUCAACAAGAAGUGCAAAUCAUUCAAGGUGAUCUCCUCCAACCAGAAACAUACAAACAUUCAUUACAAGUUUGUGAUAUCAUCAUUCAUUGUGCUGUUGAUAUCACAAAUUAUGGUGAAGUUGAUAGCAUUGCUGUUGACACCAUCCUUUCCGCAUGUAGUAAAACCAAUGAUCCACAGCAGCUAGGAACAAAGAAGAAAAUCUUCUUAUAUACAUCAGGGAUCAUGUGUUACGCCGAACAACUGCAAAAAUUGCUAACUGAAGACGAUUUGACAUUGACUGAAGGAUGGCUUUUACAUGAACGUCAUAUCAAUGAACAGAAAGUGUUACAUUCAACAAAUGUCUACGGUUGUGUCAUUCGUCCAGCUUGGGUAUAUGGCAAACGAUCGAAACAUUUCAAUCAAUAUUUUUUACAAACAAUUAACAAGCCGGCAACCAUUUUAGUUACGCAUCCAAAUAAAAGUUAUUCACAAAUUCAUAUUGAUGAUCUUGUCCGAUUUUAUGUUUUGGCUUGUGAAUGUUCGUCACCAGAAAUAUUUAUUCAAUCCCAAAUUUACAAUGUUGCUGAUGACAGUCAUUAUACAAAUUUUGAAAUAGCACGGGCAUUUACAAAAUCAAUGAAUUGGACUGGCCAGCUAAUACCAGAAGACGAAUGUGAAGAAGAAAAAAGUGAUCGAUGGAAAUUUCGAAAUCGGACAAUUCUUGUUGAUUCAACAAAAGCUAAAAACAAUUUUGGAUUCAAAUGUAAACAUAAAUUAAUGUUAGAUGAUGUUGAAAUAUUGAAAAAUAGCUCUUUAGCACUGAACACCACCAAUCAACAAAACAAUCAAUAA